AGCUUCCUCAUUCCCUGUGCUUUUCUGCUUGCUCUGCUUUAGUUACUUAGUUUGUGCAGAUGUUAUUUCCUUGUUUCUAACUGGUAACCAACAUUUGAUGUGAUAGGAGCUUUCUUGAGUACUUUCCAAGGGGACUGUGCUUGGCUCCAGCUGCCACUAUUGAAUGUGUAUCAGUAAGUUAGAGACUUUGGAAUACUUACCCCGUGGAUGAGAAUACCAGACCAUAUGUGUAACUGUUUUAAAAAGAGCUGCUAGAAUUUUCUCCACACUACCUAAGACCGUCUAUACCCCUGAGCAAAAGCGUGCAGGUUUCCUGUCUCUAUGUCUCUGCUGACCUGCCAUUGUUGAGCCGGCUUCUAACCUUUGCCUGUCUCUUACUCUGUACCAACAGCCGUUCUGGGUUCCUUUUGUGUGGGUUUCCUUUUCUGGAUUUUGCAUUUUUGGGGGAUUUUCAGCUUCUAAGAGGUUGUCAACCUGUUUUAUCACUUUUAAGUGUUGGAAACGUCCUGUCCUAAUUUUAUGAACUAAUUUUAUGAACUUACGUUUAAGUUUUGAAGUUUAUGGAUGAAAUUCUUUUAUUUUUUUCUCUUUGUUUUAUACUUUGGGAGUUUUAAAAAUAAUUUUUUUUAAUUAGGCCAUGUUAAUUCCACUGUUUUCUUGUAGUUGUAGCAUUACCUUGCACUAUGCAUUAUCCAUGGAGUUCGCUUUUGCAUAGUGUGAAAUAGUCUUCUUGUGCAGCAGAUAUUACUGGAAUGCCCACCGUACAUGAGGCACUGUUCAGAGCAUCCAGGAAGAAAUGACCUGCCCUUGUGGAUCUCAUCUUGUCCCAUGUUUGGAUCCCUGCUGCGUUACUAUGUAUUUUGCUCAGGGACUAAUCUUUUGAAAUACUUCAACCAUGACUAAGAGAGAAGCUGAGGAGCUGAUAGAGAUUGAGAUUGAUGGAACAGAAAAGUCAGAGUGCACAGAAGAAAGCAUUGUAGAGCAAACCUACACCCCGGCGGAAUGUGUGAGCCAGGCCAUAGACAUCAAUGAACCAAUAGGUAAUUUAAAGAAGUUGCUGGAACCAAGACUGCAGUGUUCGUUGGAUGCUCAUGAAAUCUGCCUGCAAGACAUUCAGCUGGAUCCAGAGCGAAGUUUAUUUGACCAAGGAGUAAAGACAGAUGGAACUGUACAGCUUAGUGUACAGGUAAUUUCUUACCAAGGAAUUGAGCCAAAGCUGAACAUCCUUGAAAUUGUUAAAACUGCGGAAACUGUUGAAGUGGUCAUUGAUCCCGACGCCCACCAUGCUGAAGCAGAGGCACAUCUUGUUGAGGAAGCUCAGGUGAUAACCCUGGACGGCACCAAGCAUAUCACCACCAUUUCAGAUGAAACCUCAGAGCAGGUGACGAGAUGGGCUGCUGCGCUGGAAGGUUACAGGAAGGAACAAGAACGCCUCGGAAUACCCUAUGAUCCUAUACAGUGGUCCACAGACCAAGUCCUACAUUGGGUGGUUUGGGUCAUGAAGGAAUUCAGCAUGACUGACAUAGAUCUCACUACACUCAACAUUUCUGGAAGAGAAUUAUGUAGUCUCAGCCAAGAAGAUUUUUUUCAACGAGUCCCUCGGGGAGAGAUUCUUUGGAGUCAUCUGGAGCUUCUUCGAAAAUAUGUGUUGGCAAGCCAAGAGCAACAGAUGAAUGAGAUAGUCACCAUCGAUCAACCUGUGCAAAUUAUUCCUGCGUCAGUGCAGUCAGCUACUCCCACUGCCAUUAAAGUCCUGAACAGCAGCGCCAAGGCGGCCAAAGUCCAGAGGGCUCCACGGAUUUCAGGAGAAGACAGGAGCUCACCUGGAAACAGAACAGGAAACAAUGGACAGAUCCAGCUAUGGCAGUUUUUACUAGAACUCCUUACUGACAAAGAUGCUCGAGACUGUAUUUCCUGGGUUGGUGAUGAAGGUGAAUUUAAACUAAAUCAACCUGAGCUAGUUGCUCAAAAAUGGGGACAGCGUAAAAAUAAGCCUACAAUGAACUAUGAGAAACUCAGUCGUGCAUUAAGGUAUUAUUAUGAUGGGGACAUGAUUUGUAAAGUUCAAGGCAAGAGAUUUGUGUACAAGUUUGUCUGUGACUUGAAGACUCUUAUUGGAUACAGUGCAGCAGAAUUGAACCGUUUGGUCACAGAAUGUGAACAGAAAAAACUCGCCAAGAUGCAGCUUCAUGGGAUUGCGCAGCCAGUCACAGCAGUAGCCCUGGCCACUGCUUCGCUGCAAACAGAAAAGGACAACUGAGGCCGACACCUGCGGGCGUCUUUCUUACAUAUUCUGAGCAGGGAUUGCUCUUACCUUUAUUACUGAAUUUGAAUCUUUUAUUUCUAGAAUGUACAAUCCAAUGCAUGAUUUUUAUAUAAAUAUUUCAUACUCUUGUGAAUUGGAUCUUUUUACUUUGAGCAUAUAUUUUAGAAUAUGUGUUUGUUAAAAGAUCACCACAUUAUCUGCAGCGUGACAGCAGAUUCCUUGUGGGGUAGUUUGUUCACAGUCAGGAAAGCUAAAAGUGGUCAGUAUUAAUGUCUAGCCCUACCAAAAAUAGCCACUGGCAUCUGAAGAUGAAAAAUAAAUGAAGUAUCUCCAGGAAACAGUCUGGCUUAACUAUUUUUGAAACUAACUUUGCUCUCUGCUGCUUUAGAUGUUGCUUUACAUAGAACCAGAAAACAGAGUUGCUUGGCUAGAGCAUGUGUGCCUGUCUCAUCUAAUCAAGCAGAGCUAAAAUGUUCCUAUCAAAUAAAAUUAUAAUAUUAGUAAAUUGCUAAGCUGAGUAUCAGAUUAUUAAAGUAAUUUAUAUAUUUGCAAGUAAAGGUUGGUAAGUUGACUGGCAGGCAGCAGUGCUGAAGGCAAUGGUUGAAAUGGCUAAACUCAGGCCAUUACAGAUUUUCUAUAUAGAUUAUAAUGUCAGGCCAAGAACUUAAAUUAUUUUGAAAGAGGCAUUUAAUUCUAAUAAACCAGCUCUUAGAGAAGUUCUAAAAUCAUCUCUUUUUCCUUUCAGAGACUUAAAAAUUGAAAAGGUAUACCUCAGAAAAUAUAUUUGGUUGGUUUAGCUUGGCUUCCCUUUGUGUGUGUGUGUGUAUGUGGUUUUUGUUUGUUUAUUUUUGGUCUAAUUACCCACUACUACCAGUUUAAUCUGCAAAGCAUAUAUAUAUUCCUGCAAUUCUGAUGUGAUAAAGACUUUAAAUUAGUCAGCAGUACUUUACUUUUAAAGAUAUUUGUAAUGACUGCUAAGUGUAAUCAGAAAACUUGACUUCCACCAUAGGUAUUCUCUUUGAAACAAAACUUCCCACUUUUUUUUCCUUUUGCGUGUUAGAUGUGUGUACAAAUGUUCUGUACAUGUGCAGUUUACCACUUUAUGUGGGCAUUUAAACACAUUUAUAUGAAGGCAGAAUUACCCAAAAGGAAAAUCAUUAAAUCAUUUUGAAAACUCUUAAAAUCAGUCUCACAUAUGAACUUCCUCACAACAAGCUAACACUAAAAACAAAAGAAUAGAAAUGGUUUUUCUUCGUAGUGUUGUUUGUUUUCAGACAAUACAAAUGAGAACAUGAAAUUCUGUGUAAAAGGAGAUUGAUUUUCUAAUAUUCUUUGGUGCAUCUCCCCCUCAUCCUCUCCUUGAAGUCCAUUGCCGGAAGCAGCUUGGAGGAUUGAGCCCGUGCUUUUCACUGACUUAGGAGGGAGGGACCAGGGCUGGCAGGAGCUGGCUGCUGCCCACACUGCGCAGGGCCCACCCAUGUCGCCUGCUGGUCCUUCAACCCUGAUUGUGAGUGCUAUGCUAUUGCACUACCUGGUAUACUGUUUGGACACUUAUUAUAUUGCUGUCUUAAAUUCAGGAUUUUGCAGUAGUUCUAUGAGUAGUAAAAUCUGUAAGUUUAUAAUUACAUAGAAAAAAAAAGGACAAAUUGUUAGUGUGAUUGGGCACUUUCAUUGCAAGAAUAUCUCAAUAGAAUAAUAUAAAAUAAUAGCUUGAAGCUCAAGCUUCAGAGAACAAACUGCUGUGGAGGGGCCUGCUAUUGGUCCCAGGUUGACAAGUCACUUAGAGUUUAAAAAUAUCAUAAAGUGUACUCUGGGUAUAUUAUCAGAAGUAAAGAUAUAUUGACUUUUAGAUUUAAAAUGCUUCUGGGAAAAUAUGUCAACAUUUUAGCCAAGAUAGCAGACUUCCCUGUGUAUUUAGAUUUCUAAGGCAUGGGAUAGCAGAUUUAUUUUAGAUUUGUAACAUCAAACUAUUGUUUCUUUUUUCCUUUAACCAUUCCUUGGUCUUUUUGGGGUUUUUUAAAGCCAUUUUCUUCCCCUAUCAGUUUUUUGUUCCUCACAAUUUGAACAGAGCCUUUUCACCCGUGGCCAUAGGCUGUUUCUCCACUUUGUCAUGCAGCCUUCUUAUGUACUGUGACUUCAGUAAUGUGACUGAUCGAUUAAAGGAGCUUGUAUUUGCCUCCAGAUAUUUGUAUUGUCCUUAUUGAGGUUACAGUUACCAGAAAGCUAGGUAGUCUUCUAUUAAAAGAUAACUAAGAUUGUGAAAGAAAAUAAAAUUAAUGCUCUUCUCUUUAUAAAAUUUUUAAUACAAUUUAGAAUAUAUCCAAGGAAAGAUACAACUAUUGAUCAUCUUUUUUAUCCUACUAAACUAAUGAAAUUUUUGCUUUAAUAUUAGAACUGUUUUUUCCAGGUGAAAUUUUGAGUCCUUUUUCAAACAUAUUGCUAGCCUGAUGUCUGAAUAUGUGUGUUAUGCAAAAAUCACGCUAAGCAGGAGGAGUGUAUGUGUAGGGUUCAUCUUCACAUGGAUCAACUCAUAAUGUUUGCUUAUUUUUUUUUUUAUUCUGUCCAGAUUACUUAAUUAGAAAAAAUUGUUGUUUUCUGCCAAUACUAAAAGUAAUACCCAGUACAUUUCUUUGGAAGGUUGUGUUUUGAUAGGUCUGUUUUUGCCUGCUCAUCAAUUUAUGUUACUGCCUCUAAAAAAAAAAAAAACUAAUGUGUAUAUAUCUUCGAAAUAGCACAAAAGUAUUUUAAAGUUCACAGCUGUAAAAGGAAUAUGUGAGAAACAUAAUGUCCUUAGACCGAAAGAGUGUAAAAAAUACUGAAACUUGAGUAUUUCACUUGCUGUCAGGAAAAAAAAAAUAAUUUUCAGUCUUUUGUAAAAGGGAGGAAAAUUUUUGCAUACGUUUUUACUCUUUAAAUAAAGACACUUAUACUGUCAUAAUAA